AACCAUAAAAUGUUUUAUAAGAUUUUUGAGAGAAAAAAUAAUGUUCGUCGAAAUAAUUUCGCAACAAAAUAUUUUUCCUCUCUUAUAACAUGCUAAAAAUGUCUCUCAGAUUAUGCUUACUACCUUUAUUGGUAUUUAAUUUUAUUGCAAUUGCCUCUAGCCAAAAUUGCAUAAGGGGUGGAAUGAUGGACAACCAGUGCAUAGCGGAGGAAUUCCAGAAUGUUAUGGAUGAUUUCAUGGAAAUUGAAGAAGCUAAAGAAAGUGUGGGCAGUGAAUUUGAAGAACUUGGUGAAGAUUUCGAGGAGAUUGCGGAUAUAUACCAACCUCUUUUAGAUUGUCACACAAAGUUUCCCUUCCCAUUUAAGGAUUGUUACAGAAAUGUUGAAGUUCAAGCUAAAAAGGAAGAAAAAGGAAUGUCAUUCAGAGAAUUUGAGGACUACAAAUGCGCAACCCUGGUUGGUUUGAUUGAAUGCAUUGAAUUAAAAACCAGCAUAUACUGCGGACUGUCGGAAGCUGGUUUAAUGAUGGAAUUAAUAGGAAUGUUCAAGCCUAUAUUCGAAAACGAAUGCAACAAAACUGGAAUUGUUUUGUCACACAUGGUUCAGUUUUCUUUUUAAUCAGCUGCAUUUUUCAUGGUUUACAGUUAUUGUUUGAUUUCUUUGAUAUUUUAUUAACAAAAUAGUCUUUUUUUUUCAAUUUAAAGUAAAUCUAUUAUAAAAUGUGGGUCAUUCUCCUUAAAACCAUCAUUUUAAGUUAAAUUUGUAAAAUUCAGAGAAAAAAAAAACUUUGUAAUUGUAUAAUAUUAUUUCUAAUUAUAUUAAUUUCUAAUUAUAUUAUGACUUAAAAAAAUUUUAUAUUUUAAGCUAUAGAGUAGUUAGUAUUUUUAAUUUUUUAGAUAGUUAAUACUCUAAAAUCAUUCCCUCAUGUCUGUAAUGUAUUAGCAAGGAAAUGACAAAUUCUUUAAAAUUUAAAAAUAGUUUUGUUGCUUAAUUAUUUGGAAUUAGUCAUGCACAAAUAUAUUUAUUCAUGGAAUUAUAAUGAUUCACUUUUUAGGUGCUAUUUAAUUUCAUUUUACCCUUAAAAAAACAUGACAUAUUGAUAUAAUGGUAAAAAAUAUUUUCUAAUUCAAAAGUAUUCCACAUGCAAAUUUUCAAUGAGUUGAAGAUAAUAAAAAAACGCUCUAUUAUUUUUUUAUGUUUGCUAACUGUAUAUCAUUAACAUUUUCAAUAAAAGAUUUUAUUUUGUGGUGAUUUAGAAUAAUUUAUAUUGUAUUGAGCAGGAAUUUCGGAAUGCUCUAGAACAAACAUUAACAUAAUGCUGUGGCAAUAUUUUUUUAUAAGAAUUUGUUUUCUGAAUUUUAUAUUUUAAGAUUAUAAAAUGAAAAUUGUAACGCUGUUAAUUUGUUUUCUUAUAAACAAUUUUUAUUAUCUUUAUUGAGAAUAAGUGAGCGGGAAUAAGUGAGGAAUUGACAUAUAGGUAUAUUUCAGUUAAUAUUUAAAAUAAUUAAAAAAAUAAUUUGUCCUUUUUAUUGUUUUGUUGACAUGACUUCUAAAAUAAACUUUAUACCCAAAAAAUUUAUUCAUAAGUUAUGAAACAUUUCUAAGUAAACUGAAUCAUAAAAAAACUGUUUCUCUGAAAAUGACCCGUGUACUUGUUGUAAAGGAUUAAACCAAAUCUAAUUCUGGCAAGAUCCAAGGUUAUGGAUCGCUUACCAGGCAAAUUAUUUACCAUCUAAAAGUUAUUAAUAGAUUCGAAUUUUAAAAAAAACUAUAAAAACUUUCUUUUUUUCUUUUUAAUUAUUUUAAGUGAUAUUUGUAAUUCUUACAAAGUACUGUUUUAUUUAUUUAACAAUUGUUCGUAUGUCAAAUUAAUGUAGAAACUAAAAAUGAAUAAAAUAUUGAAUAAAUUA